AUGAGACUUUGUGGUGAGACUGUAACAAAGAAGGAUUUGUUGGAAAAGACUUUCUCCACAUUCCAUUCUAGCAACGUGUUGCUGCAACAGCAAUACAGAAAAAAAGGUUUCACCACCUAUACUGAUCUUAUCUCAUGCAUAUUAUUAGCUGAGGCUAAUAAUGAGUUGCUCAUGAGGAACAGUAAGAUGAGACCUUGUGGAUCAACUCCAUUACCUGAAGCCAAUAAGGCUGUAGAGGAAAAGAAAGAAUCCACCAAAGAAAGUAACCACGUCCAUCAUGAUAACCCACACGGCUAUGGAAAUGACUAUGGUAGAGGAGGCCGUGGUGGAUGGAGAGGACGUGGUGGGCGUGGAAAUUAUAGCUCACACAGCCGUGGGAAAGGGAACCACUAUAACCGUGGUAGUGGUCCCAGCUAUGGCCGUGGUCGAGGCAGAAGCAGUGGUAUCUCUAACCCACCACACUCGUCCAAAUCAGUAUGCCACUUGUGUGGAAUGGAUAACCAUUGGGCAAAGAAUUGUAGGACUCCCAGACAUCUUUGUGACCUCUAUCAAGAGAGCCCGAAAGGGAAGAAUCCAUAA